AGAGACAGAGAUAAAGAGAGAUGAGAAGCAGAUUACAAUGUGAAAGAACACAUGCAAUUUCUAAAAGUCUGUGUGAGUGGGAGGAAACACUCGAUGGGUCCAAAACCACUGACCAGAAAAAGUUUAAAAAUUAUACAUUUGAGAAAUUCAUAUUUUGCAGCACCUCGCUCUAAGUGCGGAUAAAGUCAACGACUGUAAACUAUUUAAGAAUAAGCAAGAACAUAUGAUUGGAUUACUAAGGCGUAGUCCACACAGGUACUUUGUGGGUUGUGUUUAGGCUCUAAAUGCAUGGUGAUGAUAGGUCACUUAAGUAAGGACCUUUUGGGGAUAACACACGUUUUUGACAUUGUGCAUGUUUAUUAGCGCUUCAUUUGCAUUUUCAUCAUGACUGGACAGGAAGAUUACAUCAGUUUAUAAAAAACACCUGUGUACGUGCACACAUGAUGCAUGAAAACGUACAUUAAAAACAUCUGGUGUGUAAAACAGAAAGUGUAAAGGGCAUGUCACCUUCUCUUAUCCCUUUAAUCGGAUUGAUCAAAAUGCUAUGCAACUUGUUAAGAGACAUGUUUCCUUUCUUUAAACCACACCUCCAACUGAUAUCAAAUAUUUUCUGAGAGGUAGUCGCAUUAAAAAAACAUCACUGUAAGGAUCUAAGAAGCGGGCUGUUGAAUAAGACGGAUCACAGUGAAGGGCCUAAGGAGAAGAUUCUGGGUUCAAGGCAGUUACGAACACCUCCGAAACAAAAAGGGUUUAACUUGCUUGGAAACACCUUCAACUCUUAUCCUUUGCUUUGAAACUGCAGAAAAAAGGACUACUUUGACACACCAAAACAUGUCUGUAAACUCAACGAUUGGCCACUGCAAAGCUCCCAAUCGAUUCACAUAUGAAGUCCUCUCCUGGGUGAUGGUUGUGGAGUACGUGCUGGGUCUGCCUCUCAACCUGUCGGUCCUCUACAUCUUCAUCUUCAGGUACAAGUUCUGGAAGAACAAAAGUAUCUUCCCGUUCAAUAUUGUGGUUGCGGACUUCUUGCUGAUGGUCUGUCUUCCUGCCAAGGCUUACCAUUACCAAAAUGGCCAGAGACGCAGCCCAAUUAAAGACGUGUGUAAGACGAUGCACUUCUUGCUGUGUCUCAACCGAGGAGCCAGCAUGGCCUUCCUCAUCACGCUCUCCAUCGACCGAUACUUCAGUGUGGUUCAGCUCGGGAGGAGGAACUUUGUCAAAGUGCUGAAGAAAACGCCUCAAAUCUCCAUCCUCAUCUGGGUUCUCUUGCUGCCCCUCACCAUCCCCACUAUGGUCAACACCUUCGAGUGCUGCAACAGCUUGAGAAAUGAAACUUUUCUAAACGAUGUGACGGACCUCUUUAGAGAGAUUGUCUACUUCGCGCAGAUCCUCAUCCCCUUCAUCAUCCUCGUCUACUGCAGUGUGCGCAUUGUGAACCGGCUGCGGAGGAAGACCGUGGGCGAGAAGACCAAACUGAGGCGAGCGAUGCUGUUGGUCAUAUCUGUCGUUGUCGUGUUCACCCUCUGCUUCCUGCCAAUCACUAUAGCCAGAGUGGUGCUGCUGGUUGCCAGGCUUCAGAAAUGGCAGAGCGAGAACGUUGUGGUUCAGGUGUACGACAGCCUCAUGGUGCUGUCUUACAUCGACUGCCUGCUAGACCCGCUGGUUUGCUGUUUCUGUAUCUCGGGUUUUAAAGAUGCUUACAUUUCCACCUUCUGUCCAACGUUUCUUAAGAAGAAACUGUUGAAAGCUGAACAACCACAAUAG